AUGCAUAUGACGGGGUGUCUUUUCGUACUUAAACCAAUCAUGCUGACUCUGAUGGCGAAUGAUAUCUUCAAUGUGACAAAAUCUUCUGUGCCGAGAUUACCAUUUCGCGUUGAAUACGGCGAGAAAUUUAAUCAAUAUAUAUAUCCGAUAGCACUGCAUAGUUAUAUUGCCGUGUUCGCUCACACGUUCGCCACAAUCGCGGUUGAUGGCUUGUAUUAUAGUUUAAUUCAGCAUGCUUGUGCAAUGUUCUCAAUUAUUGGAAACACACUGGAGAACAUUGGCAAAGAUAACGAGGAUAUUUUUUACGCAAAACGAACUAAGAUACAGGACAAUAAUUACAGUAAAACUUUACAUUGUUUACGUAGACAUCCUCUCAUAAUAGAAUUUGCUGAACAUAUCGAAUCGUUAUUUACGAAAAUAUUUCUAAUUAAUCUUAACUUAAAUAUGAUCAUUGGAAGUUUAACUGGUAUACAAGUGUUAAUGAAUUUAGAUAAAAGCGCAAGAGACAUCGCUGGGCCAAUAACUAUGUAUAUUGCACAAUUCCUUCAUUUGUUUCUCCAUUUUUGGCAAGCUCAAUUUUUACUUGAUUACAGCAUCCUUCCAUAUAAAUCUAUCUGCAGGGCGAAUUGGUAUUAUGCUUCGCACAGAUGUCGAAAACUUCUUCUUCUAAUUAUGAAUAGAACGACGUCACCAUGCAAAAUCACCGCCGGAAAAAUAGUGAUUUUAUCUAUUGAAAGCUUCGCUACGGUUGUAAAAACGUCUCUAUCUUAUCUCACUAUGUUUCGUUCUCUCCAGUGA